AUGUGGAGCCUCAAAACAAAUUGCAUCGAUUGUCCAGCUAACCCCGCCGAGAAACAUCGAUACCGCGCGCAGAGUCGGGCCGGCGGUGCCCGAACACACAGCAGAAUGGACGAGGACAAUAAACUUCAGUUCCCGUCUCUGCCCGCGACCAAGGAGGACCUUCUGGACUGGGCUUAUCCAAUGAGGCGAGAAAUGCAGGAGAUCUUACCGGGGCUGUUUUUAGGUCCCUACUCUGCUGCAAUGAAAAGCAAGCUGCCAGUUCUUGAGACACAGGGCAUAACGCAUAUUGUGUGUGUCCGCCAAGACAUUGAAGCCAAUUUUAUCAAACCUAAUUUCCCUCAUACAUUUAGAUACCUUGUGUUAGAUAUUGCUGACAAUCCAGUGGAAAAUAUAAUACGGUUUUUCCCUACAACUAAAGAAUUUAUUGAUAGCUGCUUUGCAACAGGAGGAAAGGUACUGGUUCAUGGUAAUGCAGGGAUAUCAAGAAGUGCUGCCUUAGUGAUUGCAUACCUUAUGGAAACAUUUGGGAUGAAGUACAGGGAUGCAUUCAGCCACGUCCAGGAGAGGAGGUUCUGCAUCAACCCCAACGUGGGCUUUGUGCACCAGCUACAGGAAUACGAAGCGAUCUACCUAGCCAAGUUGACCAUUAAAAUGAUGUCACCAAUGCAGUUGGGCAGGUCCUUCUCAUUACAAGCUGGGAUGCCAGGAAGCCUUAAACGCAGCCUGGAGGAAGAUGAGGACUUCGGAGCAAUGCAGGUCACAGCAGCACAGAAUGGAUGAGCUUUGCUGAUGUUUAGCCGUGUGGCGCAGUGCACUCUUUUUUUGUUUUUUUUUUUUUUAUUGGAACUUUUUCUAAGGGGAAGGACUUCUCAUGUUUGAGACAUGGAGGACUGAUGGGGAUAUGGGCAUAUUUGAUAAACUUUUUUUCCUUGAGCUGUAUGCACUGAUGGGAGAUUUUUUGCAGUUUUAUAGUAUUUAAAGCAUUUUGCAUUUGCAGCGGGACAGUAUUGCAAUAAUGCACUUCCGAUACUUGAAUUUGUGUAGACGACCAGAAUGGGACUGUUGGCAAAAGGGAAAGUAGCCAGCACGUCGCCCAGUGGAGGACACGAGAAGAGGAAUAGCUAAUGCCUUUAUUUUGGGAGUAAUAGGAUUAUAACUAAUAUCAGGCUUAAUGUGGAAUAGUAAGGAAUGAAAAAUUAACUCACUGCUUAAUAAACAGAAGUCUGACUCAGUCCUGCUCAGGUGUUUUUAUAUCAUGAUGAAAUACUCUGCAUCACAACUUUCUGUUCUUCUUUUCAGUAUUUGGUAUGUAAAUAUGUAAAAAAUAUGCUUUACUUAUGCUAAAUUCUCAAACCCUUCUGGAAACCUAGCUGUGUGUGUCAGUAAGAAUAAUAAAAUAACAACUAAUUCACUCUCAGAACAAGUAUGAUCUGCUCUGGGCACAGAAUGUGUCUAAACAUAAGGCUGACAUGGUUUCCAAGCUCCUUUAUAUGACAGAGGUCUACUCAUGUUCAAGCCUCG